AUGACUGUCACAAUCGAACCAGGGCUAGAAGCACUCGAGCGGUGCAUCGCAGAUAACGGGCCGGAUGUCACGCUAUACCCGCUCUACACGUAUGUGUCCGCCGAGGAGACCACACCGCAUGCGGCCUACUUAAAGCUGGCACGUCUCGAUCAGAACGAUCACGUGCCAUCGUUUCUGCUGGAGUCCGCGAAGACUAUGGACGCGAUGGCGCGGUUCUCCUAUAUGGGGGUAGCACCACGUCGGGUUCUGCGCACUAAUGCAGGUGCCGGGGACCCACUGAAGUUGCUGGCCGCGGAGUUCGCGCGGCUGCGACCCGCACGCAACACGCCACAGCUACCAGGGCUGAGCGGCGGGGCGGUGGGCUACGUAUCGUACGAUUGCGUGCGCUACUUUGAGCCAAGGACGGCUCGGGAGCUAGCGGACCCGCUGGAGCUGCCUGAAGCGGCUCUCAUGCUGUUUGACACGGUAGUUGCGUACGACCACGUGUUUCACCGCUUCCAGGUGGUACACAACAUGCAGCUGGAGCCGGGAAUAGACCUGAAUGCGGCAUACGAGGACGCAACUAGGGCCAUUCGCGAUGUGGUAGAUAGGCUGACGGCGAGCACGCCCGUGCCGCAGCCGCCGCAGCCGCCUAUCCGGCGGGGGCAGGAGUUCAGCUCCAAUGUGGGACAACAGGGCUACGAAGAGUACGUGCGGCGCCUCAAGGAACACAUAUACGCAGGCGACAUCAUUCAGGCUGUGCCAUCGCAGCGGGUUGCGCGGCCGACGUCGCUCCACCCGUUUAACAUUUACCGCCAGCUACGCAUGGUUAACCCGUCGCCGUACAUGUUCUACCUGGAUUAUGGAGACUUCCAGGUCGUGGGUGCGUCGCCAGAGCUGCUGUGCAAAGUAGACGAAGAGCGGCAGGUCGUCACGCAUCCGAUUGCGGGCACCAUUCGCCGUGGCGUCACGCAGCAGGAGGACGAUGCACUUGCUGCAGAGCUUCGCAACUCCGUUAAGGACCGAGCUGAGCAUGUCAUGCUUGUGGACCUGGCGCGGAACGACAUCAACCGGGUGUGUGACCCACUGACGACUCGGGUGGACAAACUAAUGACGGUGCAGCGCUUUUCACACGUACAGCACCUGGUCUCUGAGGUAACUGGCACCCUGCGCCCAGACAAGGACCGUUUUGAUGCCUUCCGCUCUGUGUUCCCUGCUGGCACUGUCUCUGGCGCCCCCAAAGUCCGCGCUAUGGAGCUCAUCGGAGAGUUGGAGGGCGAGCGUAGGGGCGUCUACGCCGGAGCUGUAGGCCACUGGUCUUACGAUGGUGUUUCGAUGGAUACCUGUAUCGCACUGCGCACUAUGGUCUACAAGGGCGGUGUGGCCUAUCUACAGGCUGGCGGCGGAAUUGUCCACGAUUCCGAUCCAUACGACGAAUAUGUCGAGACGAUGAACAAAAUGCUGGCGAAUCACAACACAAUUCUGCAGGCAGAGGAACUGUGGGCUGAAAAGAUAGGCAGUGAAUAG